AUGCAAAACUGGACGGGCAUUCUUUGUUUGUUGCUUCCACUGUGCCUCUUUGACAUUGACAGUCAUCAAGGUGGCGCGUGCACUCCGCGAAACGUCUACUCACCGCAAAUUGCGGCGCCUCAGAACCCGUGCAAGGACGUUGCUACGUGCAGCGGCAGCUGGCUGGGUAGUGCCCAGUCCCCUGCGCAUUAUCACUGCGCAGCAAAUCCUCGCGAAACACCACAGCUUUUCAAGGAUGUCGGCACCUUCCUGGCAAUGCGUCUGCAAACAGUGGGUCAAGGGUUCCAUGGAGUUUUGUGGAGCAUGUGGCGCUCACUGGAGCGUAUCGUGCCAUGGCUCAGGCUAUGCGCAGUAUACAGCGACGGCUUCGAAGCCGCCGUGGAGACACACCGAACAGUGGAGUUCGGCUGCGUCCUGGAAACGGCCCAAGUCACCGAGGCGACGAAAGCCAAGUUUGCCAAGGGCGCCAGGUGGCCAACAAGACAGAACGGCAUCGGGUUCGGCUCCGCUUACAAGUCAGUUGCCCAAGGCCCCUGUGCCCAAACCAGGGACAGCUCCGAAGCAGGUUCUUGCUACAGCUCCAGUUGCCGAGUCUCAGGACAAAAAAGUUUUGGAUCAAUUGCUGGAUCAGCUGCGCUCUUCAAGAGAAGAGCUUCCUGCCAGCAUCAAGGAUAUCGUGGACCGGCACGGCAAAGAAUCCCAUGCGCAGGCCACGAAGAAUUUACACAAGGCAGUGUCAUCUCAGGCACAAGCCAAACGGGAGAUCUCCUCACUACAAGCUGCAAGGCAAGACUAUUUAGCAUCAUGGCAGGAAUAUGUCCAACAGUUGGCCGAAAUCUGGGAGACCCAGGUUGCGGAACGGGACCGUGUACUUGGGAAAUGGACACCAAAGAGGAGGCGUGGCGCGUGCAACUGCAAGAGGCUACGGACGAAAUAGAGAGCAAGGAUGGUAUCACGCCCACAGAAGGUAUGGCAAGUAUGGACACGGACGACGAGAAGGACGACCUCAAGUUGGACGAGGAGGGCAAGGAAACAGCUACUCGUGCAGCUCUCACGGCUCAACGAGAGCGCAUCACUCAACUCAUGUCCCAAGCCAAGAAGAGUGCAUCAGAACAAGUGGAACAGAGCCAAAGGGAAAGAACUCCGAGAAGAGUCAGACAGGAGGUUGUAGAAGUGGAUACGCCAGAGGCAAAGCCUACAGCGGGUGCCAAGUCGCACCCUCGAUAG